AAAAUACAUUUUUAUAUUAUUUUCAGUUUAAAUUCUAAAAUGUCCGGUGAAACUCCAGUUGGAACCAAUUAUACGGAUAAAGGACCGAAGCCAGAACGGGGAAGGUUCAUACGGUUUGACCAUAUUGAGUGGUGGGUUGGAAAUGCGCAACAAGCCGCGUCUUUCUACUGCACGAGACUAGGCUUUGAACCUAUUGCUUACAAGGGCCUUGAGACCGGAAGUCGUCAGGUGGCAUGCCACGUGGUAAAGCAGAAAGACACCAUUUUUGUUUUUAAGUCAGCUUAUGAACCAGACUCCGAGAUAAACAAAAUCAUGGGAGCUCAUCUUGUUAGGCAUGGGGAUGGUGUCAAAGAUGUUUCCUUCACUGUUGAGGAUCUUGAUGGGAUUAUGGAAAAGUGUGAGGCUAAAGGUGUGAAAAUAGUUCGAGAUAUCUGGGAGGAAUCUGAUGAAGGAGGAAAAGUAAGGUUUGCAACUGUCCAAACUUACGGAGAUACAACUCAUACCUUUGUCGAGAGGAAAGGGUAUACAGGUUUGUUCCUCCCUGGAUAUAAACCUCCCCUGAAUGAGGAUGUACUACUGGCAACCCUGCCUAAGGCUGGGAUCUACUUUGUAGAUCAUGUGGUUGGUAACCAGCCUGACCUACAGAUGGAAGAUGCAGCUUCUUGGUAUGAAAGGAACCUGUUGUUUCAUCGGUUCUGGUCCGUUGAUGAUACACAAAUGCACACAGACUACUCAGCUCUCAGGUCUAUUGUGAUGGCAAACUAUGAAGAGACGAUCAAGAUGCCACUGAAUGAACCAGCACCUGGCAAGAAGAAGUCACAGAUCCAGGAGUAUGUUGAUUACUAUGGGAGUGCUGGAGUCCAACAUAUUGCUCUAAGGUCAUUUGAUAUAAUUGCUUCAAUUGAGAACCUGAGAGCCCGUGGAUUGUCCUUCCUGAAUAUUCCAGAUAAUUAUUACAACCAGCUGAGGAAAAGGUUGGCCAAUUCACCCGUCCAGGUGAAAGAGGACAUUGACAUGCUUCAGAAGUUAAAGAUACUUGUGGACUUUGAUGACAACGGUUAUCUACUUCAAAUAUUCACCAAGCCUGUUCAGGAUCGGCCAACUGUGUUUAUUGAAAUCAUUCAGCGCCACAAUCAUCAAGGCUUUGGAGCUGGAAACUUUAAGGCGCUGUUUGAGUGUAUUGAGAUAGACCAAGGGAAAAGAGGAAACCUGUAAAACUUCUCAAUCUGAAGUACAUGAAAACCAAGUGAAAAUUUCAUAUUGCCUUAUAAUUUUAUUGAAUUUGGUUUACUAGAAAAAUAAAGAUUACAUAAUUGUUGAA